AAACGACACAACGCGGCCAUCGCUGAGCAAAAUGGCGGUAAAGUGCCGUCAAAUGAAGAGUUGGAGAAUUUCAACAUCAAAUACAUAGUGGAAGCGCCGGUAGACUCGGCCGACAAGAAGUCGGCGAUUCAGUCGUGCGAUAACGAGCGGCUCCGGGCGGCCCGUAAGCGGAGCAAGAAGUUGAAGCAACGGCUGGCGGCCAAAGCGGCACAAUUCGAGACCAAUUCGGGCCCUAAAGUGGUCACCGGAAAGACAAUACAGACGCCCAAUAAGAGUAAAAUUACCAAAUUGUUUAAGAUAGCGGUUCCAGACUUGUCAGCGCUGAGCGCCGACACCCAAAUCACUGGCCACUGGCCGACAAACAUGACUCACAGUCUGGAGCGUAAUCUCAAUGAGUUGGAGAAACUGUUCCGUAACAACAGUGGCCGUCCGUCUAGUGGUGGCACCGGUGCCGCCGAUUCCCUGUACUUUCAUUCGCUAAAUGGCGUUCAAUUGUUGACCAAAAUAUUGUCCCGAAUAAUGAACGGCACCCGAGAGAGGCCCACAUCGCUCACCGACCGGUCCAACCAAAAGUUGGCCGCACUUUACGAACUGGUUUGCGGUCAGCACUUGGAUGUGGCCGACUAUGUCCUGCAAUCCCAACACGUGAUCGAUUUGUUGGACAUUCUCUGCCAUCGGAUCAAUUUAUUGGACACGACUCUCAUGAAUACCGCAGCCCCGACGUGCGAUAUAGUGGUCGGAGCCCUGUGUCGACUCCUGUCCACCAUUUUUGACACACUUCACGGCCACUACUCGACGCUCACCGACAGUACCGACGAUAGUCUGGCCUUCAAUCACAUCAUUCAAGACGUGAUCAGUUAUAUAGUAUCGGUCGGAAUGAUUGAUAAGCUGUCGCUAAUGAUGGCCAACACUCGGGGACCGGUCGACGACAACCCGGAGCUGACCCAAUGCUUGCGAAGUGUUGUCUCCCUCUUCAGCUCACUCUCCAAACUGAUGGCACUUCGAGUGGAGCACAGGUUCGGCGCCCGUCUCGCCGACGACGACACACAACUGAUGCUCACGUUUCAGAUGACACACAUCGGCGGUGUUGUGUCCCUCAUCUAC